AUUCAUCUGUGUAGUAGUAAGACAUGCGCGGUGCUGAGGAAUAAAACGGACGGGAUUCAAAGUUUGUGACGAAUGAACGAGAUGUUUGGAUUUCAUAAAUCCAAGAUUUAUCGCAGUCAUGAAGGUUGCUGUAUUUGUAAAACCAAGUCCUCCAGUUCCCGAUUUACAGACAGCAGCAGAUAUGAGGAAAAUUUCCGACUUUGCUUUGGAUUAUCCGAGGACAGAGUUGGAGAUAUCUGCAAUGCCUGUGUACUUCUAGUAAAAAGAUGGAAAAAAUUACCACUUGGAUCAAAGAAGAACUGGAGCCAUGUGGUGGAUGCAAGAGCAGGACCUGGCUUCAAGUUAACAAAACCCAAAAAAGUGAAAACCGUUGAUGGAAAGAAAAAGAGCAAGCUGAAGAAGCUCCAUAAACUUAAACGUCAAAACUCUGAUGCCCACAGUACUACAUCCAGCAUGUCUCCAUCUCAGUCUCCCAGCCAUAGCAACCAGUCCGAUGAUGGCUCAGACAUCGAGACCAAGCAAAGGCGUCCGACGCCCGCUGGCUUCUCAUUUCUUGAUCUCUCUUACUGGAAAAGGCAGAAAGUGUGCUGUGGGAUUGUCUACAAAGGGCGGUUUGGCGAGGUAAUUAUUGAUCCUCGCCUCUUCAAACCCUGCUGCAGCUCCAAGGAGCAGGCGGCACUGGCGUCCACCUCAGACUCCCCGCGCUCCACGACUCUGCCCCCUCAGCUUGCUGAGGACUUGAAGGAGACUUGGUGACCAACCUCUAGCAACUCUUUCCAUGUCUCCUUGAGGCUUCCUCCCUUUGUCUCCAGUGGCAGACUCUCAAAUAUCAUUUCCACAUUAAUUCACUGUGUAUGAAUGCUUUUGACUGUUUCUCCAGGUUUUUGUUAUAGCAGUUUCUUUUGUGAGAAUUUUUUCUUUCUUUUUUUUCUUUUCCUUUUUUUUUCUUUUUUUUAAGAAAACAAAGGAGCAAAAAUAAGUAUGGGCAUUAGUGAAUAUUCAUAGAAUCAGGUUCAAGUUAAAUGGCUUAUUGAUGCUUGUAAUCCAGGUAUUUUCCUUUUUUUUAAAUUAUUUUUAUAUAUUUUUUUGGCACUGUAAAAUGUCUGACAUUGGAUUUUGUAGUGUUUUUUGUAUAUAUCUUUAUUUUCAGUACCAGUGCACCAAAAGCCUCAUUUGGCUCCUACGUUCUUAUGUUUAAAUUGAGUUAUAAAUUUUUCAUGAAAUGGUCCAUGUAUUUGUCUCAAUGUUGCUCAGUGUUUCAGUGGUUUGAAUUUUAAGCAAAACGGUUAUGCUGCACUUACCAAUUUAUCUGCUCCAGUCUGUGUUGGUAAUGCAGUCCUUUUUUAUAAAUACAUUAUGGGUGCCAAGCUAUGAAUAGGUUGGUGGAUAUUCACAGUGUGAAUACAGCUCUACUUUUGCCAAUUAAAUGUGCAUGCAUCUCUUAUGGUUCAAGUUACUGAGACAGUGGCAUCUGAAAGCAUAUUUUGAUUCAGCUUGUAUGCAAUAUGAUUCUAAAGGCAUUUUUGUUUCCCCUCAAAUGAUAAAUUCUCUGUAAUGUUUGUCUCAAACAACAAGACAUGCUUAUUUAGCAUGCUUUAAGUAUGCAGUUAUACAAGUGCAUGUUUGGUUAUGGUUGCACAACAGUAAGUGCUGCUGUACUGUUGGGAGUUGUCUGGUCAGUUUUUAAUUUUUGGCACUAGCUAUUUCACUACACAGACUUUAACAGCAUCUGUUGCUACCAUGAUGCAGGAUUUUUCAAAAUGAUGUUUAUAAAUGUAAUGCAUUUUUGAUAUCUUAUAAGCAGAUAUGAAUUUUUUUUAAUCCAGUGUGUUAGUAAGCAUGCUUCUCGCUUGGUACAAAUGUGUUUCCGUGUGCUAAAAGUGAAAUCAGUCAAAACUGAAAUUCUACAACCUGUGUUUGCAUCGUACACACUGCAGCCUUUCCAUUGUAAUUCCAUAAAGCUAUUAAGGUAGCUUUUGGCCACCUAAGGAAAAAUUUGCUUGGGUGGCUUCUAAUUUAAAAAAUGGUACAAUGGAAUUCAGAUUCAAAUGACUGAUAACAUGCAUUUAAUUUGUACAACUAUUAUUUGAAUGAAUGUUGGAAUUCCACCAGCAAUAUGAAUCAACUUGAUUAAACUAAACUGAUUUUCAGAAUACAAGCUAAUAUUACAUGAUGUCAAUAAGGUUCAGGGAAACUUUACUUGGUACAUUUUCAGAUGAUGUUAAUGUGCCUUGUGAGGAAUUUAACUGAUAUCAGAACAUAAAAUUGUCUUUUCUAAUUUAUACUAUUUAUUCAGAUCUGUCUGUACAAUUGAUGCUGUAAAGAGGUUUUUGUGCACUUUUUUAUACUUUUAAAAUGUUUUGAUAUUUUGUAUCUUAAUUUGCAUCACAUCUGUAUUUUAA